CGCAUAUUCAAACACACACGCAACCACUUUGCUUAAAGAACACUCACCGCCAGCCCAUAGCAGAGGAGGAACAUAUAACAACUCACAACUGCUAAAUCCAUCAAAUUGAUUUCUUCCUCUUCUCAUAUCUGAAAUAAAAUACUCCGCAUUGUAGAAGUUAUAUCCUCAGAUCUCAGAAUAUAUUCCUGUAAAUUAGAUUAUUGGCUUCUUCAUUUUCCAAUCAGCAAUGGCCGCAGAUCCUGCUUCUUCUUCUUCUUCUUCCUUGAACGCCUCUGUCUCCCAUGGUGGAGCAGGAAAUCCUGGCGAUGAGAUCUCUCCUCUCCAAAAACAUGCCAUGUUUUUCGAUAUCAACGGGGAUGGACUUGUUUAUCCAUCGGAAACUUAUAAAGGUUUCAGAAUGCUUGGAUUCGGGAUACCAUUGUCAGCAUUUGCAGCCGUGUUUAUUAAUCUUGGGCUCAGUAAAAAAACUCGACCGGGGAAAGGCAUAUCUCUUCUCUUCCCUAUUGAGGUUAAAAAUAUUAAACUUGGGAAGCAUACAAGUGAUACUGGUGUCUAUGAUUCAGAAGGAAGGUUUGUUCCAGAAAAAUUUGAGGAAAUAUUCGCUAAAUACGCACACUCAAGCAAAAAUAGUUUGACAUCAAAGGAAUUGGAUGAAAUGCUCAAGGCAAAUAGACUGCCAAAGGACUAUGCGGGAUGGGUUGGUGCAUGGGCAGAGUGGAAGGUAUUAUACUUAUUAGCGAAAAACAAGGAGGGAGUUCUGCCCAAAGAAGCUAUAAAAGGAGUUUAUGAUGGGAGCCUCUUCGAUACAAUUAAGAAAGAGCGUGCGACCAAAAAGCAAGUUUAAAUUUUGAGUAAAGUUUUAUCUAUCAACUUUAAUUAGUUAUGCAUUCUCUUUUUAAGGAAUGUAUAACUGAUUUAAACAUUUGUUACAGCCAAUUUAGCCCUUUCUUCUUAUGUUUACACUAGAGCAUGAAUUUAAUCAAAUAAACUUGGGUGGUUAAUUUGCUGAAUGUUGCAAAAAUAAUAUAUGUUGGCUGAAUAUUGCGAGAAAGGGCUUGCUGGAUUCAGCGUUGUUAUUUUAUUUGUAAAAUUGAUUCUUUAUCCUUUUCAGCGUAAGAACAAUUUCACCGCAUUGAGAUGGAUGUCUGUUUGCUUUGCUAUAUCAUCAAAUCAUUACUGGAUGGAGUCUUGAAGGGAGAAAAAGAAUUACUGAACUAUGUAUAUUAUACCAAGUUCUUUCAUAACGUAUGAUGUAAUUAUUAGUAAAUAAAGGAAAUACAUAUUAUUAUAUUGUGUGAUUGGUGGAAGAAGUUAUUAAAAUGUGGUUAGGAAUUAUUCUGUUGUGUUUAAUUGCAUUUAUUAUCUUUUGUAAUACGAAAAUCUAACCUUCAAUUCAAGUACUCGUAUUAUUUAUGUGAAGGCUAAGCUUCAGUAACC